UUUUCUUGGCUUUACUUACCGGUGUUGCGCCGUGAUUGGCUUUAAGCUUGCUCGCUCUAGGCGAACUUGAUGGUGUUGUAGGGGUGGCCAAGACAGGCCUGGGGCACUAAUGCGACCAACUUCUUACAAUAGGCUGCUUGGCAGCUCUAAGCCUCGCAGUUAUGCAGCGCACGUCCAGCGCGGAUCGCCGGUGGCGACUGCAUCGUCGCGCCGCGCGCUGACAGUCGUUGCUGACCUUUCCGCAAAAGGCAGGGCGAUAUUGCCAAAAUCCCUGACAGUGCAACGUCAUAUGGGAGAAGGAUCAUUCGGCCAGGUCUUUGAGGGAUCUCUGAACACUCCUGCUGGCACUCAGCGUGUGGUAUUAAAGCGCGUCAAAACUAGAGUCCAGGGCGCGGAGGCCAUGAGCCAGAUGGAGCACCUGCUCAACGUGUACGCCAGCCGGGUGGCUCGCGGCCACUGCGCCGACUUCCUGGGCUACUGCGAGGUGGCGGACAGCGAGGCGACUGUGCGACUCACACCGGGGCUGUGGCUGAUCUGGAAGUACGAGGGCAGCAAGACGCUGUCGUACUACCUGGGCCGGCGGGACACGCUGCGUGCACUAGCCGCAGACAUGGAGGUGCCCGAGGCGGCGGUGGUGCCAGCAGUCAUGAAGCAGAUCUUCGAAGGACUUGCGGCCUUCCACGCUGCGGGUCUGGUGCACCGAGACAUCAAGCCACUCAACAUCAUCUUUGCGGAGGACGUACGGCGCUUCAAGCUGAUCGACUUGGGUGCAUGCGCCGACCUGCGCACCGGCACCAACUACGUGCCCGAGGAGUCCAUUCUGGACCUCAACUACUGCCCGCCGGAGCAGUACGUGAUGCCCACCGACUCGCCGCACAUCGCCAAGCAGGCGCGGCUGCUCAAGCUGGCCAUCAGUCCGCUGCUGUGGGCCAAACACAAGCCCGACCGCUUCGAUACCUGGUCCGCGGGUAUCGUGAUGCUGCAGCUGGCGGUUCCCGCCAUGCGCACGGACAGGGCCCUGCGCGCCUUCAACUCCGUGUAUGGCCCCAAGUUCAACUACGACCUGGCCACCUGGCGCCGGGCCACCUACCUACCCGCCCGGGACUGUGCGCUGCUGGACGCAUUCGAUGGAGCCGGUUGGGAGCUGCUGCAGUCCCUGCUGGCGCCCCGUCACAUCCAAGUGGACGACAACGGUGGUGUCAGCUUUGUGAAUGACUCGCCCUUCCCGCGCAUUAGCGCCUAUGAAGCCCUGAAGCACAAGUUUAUCCGGUAUGGCCUUGAAGCCGCUGCAAUCUCGCCCCAGCCCGCAGCCGCUGCUGCCACGCCCUCACGCCCCGCUGCGCAGCCCGCCACCUCCCAGCCGCUUAGCGGCAGCGCCAGCGGCGGCCGUGACGCCAGCCCGGACCCUACCGCCGACGUCUCGUCACCUGGCUGGCGCCUAAUCAGGCCUCCUAGCAUCAGCUCCUCCGCUGCCGCAGCAGCAGCUGCGGGUUCAGGCAGCGGCGGUAGGCAGCAGCUCCAGCAGGUAGAGAACCCGGGCCCAGCUUCAGAAGGUGCAGCAGGUGCAGCACCUCCGGCUGCGUUGGCUUCGGCUCUGGGCCUGUGGCGGGACAUGACGGGUCGGCUGUUUGACUUGGAGUCUAAGCUCAUGCGGCAGGCGUCGGCCACGCAGCUGCAGACCACCACCGUGAAGAGGCUGCGGGAGCAGGUGGAGAGCGGGCAGGCGGAUCCCGCCGUGCUGCAGAAGGAGGAGAAGGUGCUGAACAAGAUGCAGACCCGGCUAGCCAGCCUGCAGCAGGACUUCACCUCCAUGGCCGACCAGGCUUCCGGCAUGCUCAACUUCCUAGGAAUGGGCCGCGGCAAGGCGCUGCCGACCCCGGCCGACCCUCAGCGGCAGCGGCCGCAACAGGGCAGCGGCGAUGCAGGAGGCUCCGCGGAUGGCCAGCAGCCUGCACCUGCAGGCAGGAACAAGCCCAACCUGCAAGCCCUACGUGCCGCCUCCGCCGCCUCUGCAUCCGCCUUCGCUGCUGCCUCCUCAGCCUCCAACAACCCCGACUCCUCCUCCUCCCCCUCCCCGCCAUCCGCCGGCAUGUUCAGCAGUCUGUGGGAGCGGCUGAGCAGCCAACUAGCCCAGCUGGAGUCCAAGAUCUCCAACCAGGCAUCCGCCACACAGCGGCAGUCGAUGGUGGUGCGGGGGCUGCGGGCCAAGGUGGACUCGGGGGAGGCGGAGCCGGAGCUGCUGGAGCGGGCUGAGCGCAUCUUGAAGCGUAUGGAGGGGCGGCUGCUGGCCCUGGACCGGGACUUCCGCGUUGCCAAGGAGAGCGCCAGCGGAGCCCUGGCAGGCAACGUGUCAGCGGACCUGGAGGCGCCUCGACGUAGCGGCGGCACGGGCAGUAGCCGCGAGCAGCCUGCGGGGCGGGGAGCUGGAGAGCAGGGCAACAACAGCGGUUCCUUCUGGCCGCGGCUACUGGGCGGACCUAGCAGUGGCAGUAGCAGUGGCGGCAGUAGCAGUGGCGGCAGCAGUAGUGAGGAGGUGCGCCCCUCAGCAGAAGCUCAGAGCUACCCCGCGCAGCAGUCGCAAGCCGCAAGCUUCAUCCGCUCCCUUUCGCCGCUCCGCCCUCGCUCAUCGUCAUCGUCGCCCUUCCAAGGUUUCCUACAAACCAAGCCACCUCAAGACCAACAGCAGCAACAGCAGCAGCCGCAACACCAGCCACAACAGCAGCAGCAGGCUCUGGGGUAUCGAUCCAUUUUUGGUUCCUUCAGUGCCAACAGAGGCAGCGGUAGCAGCGGCAGCGGUAGCAGCGGCAACAGCGGCAACAACAACAAUGCGUCUGGCAGCAGCGGCAGGCGCAGCGGCAGCAGUAAUGCAAGCAGGGCUCCGAGCGCCUCCACACCUGCAACAACCUCAACACCCCCGCCGUCCCCGCCCAGUUCAUCUUCCAACAAAACCAAGAGCGACCCGCGGGUCAGCAACAACAGCAAGACCGGUAACGGUGGCCUCUUUAACGGCCUCUUCGGCCGGCCUCGUCAGGACACGGACCCACAGGGACGGCCGCAAUCACCACCGCAACAACAACGACCCUCAUCUGGUGACAGCGGUAAUGCAGCCUCCGCUGGUGCUCCUAGAGGCGCGGCAGGUCUUGGCAGAUCCCCUGCUGCUGUUGCUUCACCGCAGUCGUCUUCUUCCCCGGCUUCUUCUUUUGCUUCUGGUGCUGCUGCAGCAGCUGCACCGGUCCCCAGCGGGGAUGUGUUGCUGGAGGGAGCUGGCCGUGUAAUCCGCAGCAGUCUGGGCUUCACCGGGCUAGCUGCCAGGGUGGCGGGGGACAUGGCAGUGGCACUGAAGGCUGAGGCGGAC